CUCGAAUACAGAAGGACACCUUCACAGGUUCAACACAGACAAAGCUUGUCAUUUCUCUUGCAACUGCCAGCCUCAGGUAUGAGGGCCUGCUUAGUAUUCCUUUGCUUACUGGCAGCAACAUUUGCCCUGUCUGUAAAGAGUAAACAUCAUGGAAAACAUCAUGGAUUGCAUAAGACUUCACAUGAAGCCAAAGAAAAGGACAUUAUCACAGAGAAGGCCAAUGAGCCACAGAUUUUACCCACUCUAGUCACGUUUGAGGCCAGCAGCCAGGAGCAGGAAGAUGAAGAACUGAGCUCCCAAGACAAUGCUAAUGCCAACAAGGAGGAGGGAGAGUUUGAGGAGACUGAAGAGAGCGACAAAAGGACUGCAGUCCUGCUAAGUGAGGAGGAGUUGGUAGACCUCUUGAAGAAAGAAGCAGAAGAAGAGCAGGAAGCAGAAGAAAGAGUGCUAGAGAAAGAAGAAGAAGUGGAGACGGACAAAGGCAAGGUGGAGCCUGGUGAGGCUGUGGAGGACGACAAAGCUGAGGUGAAGGAGAGGAAGUUGGACGACAAAUUAGAAAUUGAGGUGACAGAUGAGGAAGAAGAAGUAAAGGAUGAGAGUGUAGUGGAUACUGAAAUGCUGGAGAAAGGUGAAGAUGAGGUGGAAAAUAUGUCACUCAAGGAAAAGGAGAAAAAGUCUGUUGUAAAAAUAGCAGACAGAGAGGAGCAAGGUUCAUUGCUGGAGGAAACAGAUGGAAGCACAGAGUCAGAGAUCCCCGUUGAUCUUGAUUAUGCUGCUGAUAGUGGCAUCUUACAACCUCUACAGAUUGUAUCUGCUAAAGUAAAACCCAAAACAGAUAUUAAAGACAGGGAAACCCUUCAGAAAGGACUGCCCACCAUUGCAGAUGACUAUGAACAAGACACACAAAACACUGAGGCAGUGGACAGUGAGGAAGAUUCACAGGCCAAAUCCAAAGAUGUUGAUGAGAAAAAACCUGAAGCAAAUGUGGACCCUCAAGAACCAAAGAGAAGUACAGGGUUUGAAUCAGGUUCCGAACCGGCUGGAAAGGAGGAAGAGAAAAGUAAGAAUAACAGCGGAAGUCCCACCAAGGGAAAAACAAGGAAGCAAAAGAAGAACAAGAGGGCGAGGAAACACUCCCCACAGACUGAGGGAACACAGUCUGAACCAGAACGGAGCCAACAGGUUCCUCAGGCGUCUGAGGGCAAAAGUAUUGACAAUACUGUCCAAAAGGCAAAGAGGAGAAGUGCAGGAAAAUGGGGUCCUUUAGUUGGAAUGAAUCCAGUCCAGAUAAGAGCCACAGUGGAUCUCUACCCCAGCUCCAGGCCCUCUCUUGGUGGAGGCGUACAUCGCCCAGAAGCCCCUGCUGAUCCAUGUGACGACUUUCCCUGCAAACGUGGAAAGACGUGUAAGCUUGAUGCGGACAAUAAGCCGAGCUGCGUGUGUCAAGAGCCAUCAGAAUGUCCUCCCGGUGUGAAUGAGUUUGAUCACGUAUGUGGAACAAACAACAAAACAUAUGACACAUCAUGUGAACUCUUUGCUACUAAAUGCAACCUGGAAGGCACUAAGAGAGGACACAGACUUCAUCUGGACUACACUGGACCAUGCAAACUAAUACCUCCAUGUGUGGACACUGAGCUGGUCCAGUUCCCUCUACGAAUGAGGGAUUGGCUAAAAAAUGUGCUGCUGCAGCUCUAUGAACACGACUCCGUGUCUCCUGGCUUCCUUACACCUAAACAGCGUUUCAGAGUGAAGAAAAUCGAUGAGAGUGAGAGGCGUCUUCAUACUGGGGAUCACACUAUUGAGCUGCUCGCGCACGACUUUGAGAAGAACUACAACAUGUACAUCUACCCAGUGCACUGGCAGUUUGCACAACUGGACCAACACCCUUCUGACAGAAUCUUGUCCCACUCAGAGCUGGCCCCACUUCGAGUCCCUCUGGUGCCGAUGGAGCACUGCACCUCCCGCUUCUUUCAAGAGUGCGACGCUGACAAGGACAAGCAGGUGUCCUUCAAAGAGUGGACUUUCUGUUUUGGUAUCAAGAAUGAUGAUAUGGACACCAACCUGCUAUUCUGAGCUUCAUUUUGACCUCUAUCGACUACACAAGCAGCUUGAGACGGUGCAGCUUGAAGCCUCCAUGAACCUCUGUAACACAAGAAACUCGUCUGAAACAAACAUAUAAAAGAAACAAAUUUUUACCUCCUGCUAUAAAGGGCAAGUGUUGGUGGUCAUUUCUGUUAUUUUGUGUCAGACUAAGCUUUGGAUCUACAGUAUAUUUUUUAUUUAGACUAAGCUGCGAGAAUAAACUUUAUUAGAAUAUAAGAAAGUGUUCUGUUUAGCUGAAGCAUUCCAAACUGGGGAAUCAUCAGCUCAUUAGUAGAAAAGUUGUUGUACAUAGUACCAGGCUUUAAAAUAAUUGUGUUUUUUAUGUUGGAGUGAUUUAGUGCAGAAUUACUCUUUAAAUCAAGGUGAAGUAUCCUUCUACGGUGGGAAAUGUAAAACAAUAACUAUGUUUUUUCUAUCUUAGUAGCAAAUGCUGUAAAUGUUUGUCAGUGCAAAUGCGCUUCAUUGUAGCUCUAAUUAAAGCUUUAUGGAUAGCAGUGGACUUCACAAUAUCAUGACGUACAGUAGCAUAGUUCAGUAAUAAUGACUUUCCUUACAGCCCUGAAAUAAAGUUAUUGCAUCAUAUUUGUGGAUCCCAUUUGGGAAACAUCUGUUUAUGCUUUAAUAUCAUGUUUUAUUAAUUGGUAAAUUUCCCUGAUGCCACCAUGACAUGAAAAUACGAUCACUGCAAUAUUGCUUUUGAGAAUGCAAGUCACUGAUACCUGGUUAAGGUUUGCCACAUAAUCAUAAAUAAUAGCCCUCUGUAAGGUAACACAGCAAAAAAUAGCCUCUAGCAUGGUCAUGAUGAUUACACUGACUUGUUGUUUUGAGACAACGUGCGG